UUGGUGUAAAACAUUUAAAGCAUGUUUGUCACUUAUUGAAUUGCGACUGCCCCCUUCUUUCUACUCUGCUCUACUCGAAUCAAAUCAAAUCAAAACAAUACAUACAACCGUCUAUAUAUAUACACACACACACUCUAUCAAUCCAUUUUAUUCCCACCUAAUUUUUUUUUGUUAUAUCAUCAUCAUUGUCUGUGUGUGUGAAAAUAAUAAAAUAAUAAUGGAAGGCGGGGGCGAUAGAAUUGAGGAGGAAGUUACAAUUGUAAACUCGCCAGCUGAUCAAAUCUCUCAUUUAGCUCUUGAUAUCGGAGGUUCCCUCAUCAAGAUGGUGUAUUUUUCUACAAGCAGAGAACAACUUAUAGACAACACACAGAACAACUCUUCGAGAGAUAGCAACGAGGUGUCAAAGGGCAGCAAAAAAAGAUGUCUUAUAAAUGGAAGGCUAUACUUUAUAAUGUUUGAAACAAGUAAGAUUAAUGAGUGUUUGGAUUUUAUUGCAUCGAAGCAGCUUCACAAUAGAGGUGUUCACCAUUGUGGGUUCCCAGCCAGCGACACAAACACUAUUAAGGCCACAGGUGGAGGUGCGUUUAGAUUUGCGGAUCUCUUUAAAGAAAAGCUCGGUAUUAUUCUUGACAAGGUAGAAGAAAUGAGCAGCCUUGUAUCAGGAGUAAAUUUUCUCUUAAAGGCAGUGCCAUCUGAAGCUUUCACGUAUGAGAAUGGCAAGAGGAAUUAUGUGCAGAUUGAUCACAACGAUCUAUAUCCGUAUCUUCUUGUUAAUAUUGGAUCUGGCGUAAGCAUGAUUAAGGUUGAUGGAGAUGGCAAGUAUGAAAGAGUCAGUGGAACAAGUGUAGGUGGAGGGACAUUUUGGGGUCUGGGGAAGCUUUUAACAAAGUGUAAGAGUUUCGAUGAUUUGUUGGAGAUGAGUCAUCGAGGAAACAAUAGAGUAAUUGAUAUGCUUGUUGGAGAUAUAUAUGGGGGAAUGGACUAUCUAAAGAUUGGCCUUUCAUCAACAACAAUUGCAUCUAGCUUUGGUAAGGCAGUAUCAGAAAACAAAGAGCUUGAAGAGUACAAGCCUGAAGAUGUCGCGAGGUCCCUCUUAAGGAUGAUCUCCAACAAUAUAGGACAGAUCGCGUACUUGAAUGCACUUCGAUUUGGUCUCAAGAAAAUAUUCUUUGGGGGAUAUUUUAUACGCGGUCAUGCUUACACUAUGGACACUAUAUCUGUGGCAGUUGAUUUCUGGUCCAAGGGUGAAGCAAAAGCAAUGUUUUUGAGACAUGAGGGAUUCCUCGGGGCAUUAGGAGCAUUCAUGAAUUAUGAAGCGGUUGAAGGAUUCCCCAACAGUGUGUGUCCCAUACGAGAAAAAACCAGCAAUCCAUUUGUUGGAGACUUGAAUGAUAAUGGAAUCAUCGAGUGCUGUGUACAAGCCACCAGUUGAAUAUUACAGUAUGAUUUUUCGACACCAGCAAAAAGCAGGAAACACAAUUCAUUGUUGUCUAUUAUUUAAUUGGAGGUGAUUUAUACACCUCAUUGUUGGCUUACAAAUCAACUCCUUUAUUUUAACAUAGAUAACAGUUAUAAGGUUAUGUUGUUUUAGCCUUUUAGGCCAUUUAAUUUUCCCAUUUGUGGGUCCUGGUUAUCUUAUGUUCUGUGAUAGUUUGUCCCAUUGUAAUCUAAAAUGAUUUUAGGAUGUAAAGAGAGGGAGUCUUGUUGCAUGGUGUUA